AUGGAUGCAAUUUUGAACUGCAAUCUGGAUGAUAUGGAAGAUUAUUACAUCUUGCUAGGAUGUGAUGAACUAUCCACGGUUGAACAAAUUCUUGCAGAGUUUAAGGUUAAAGCCCUUGAGUGUCACCCUGACAAACAUCCUGGAAACCCUAAAGCUGUGGAGAAUUUUCAGAAGCUGCAGCAGGCUAAAGAGAUUCUUACUAACGAAGAAAGUCGAGCUUGUUAUGAUUACUGGCGACGAAGCAAAAUUACCAUUCCAUUCCAGCAGUGGGAGGCUCUGAGCAACUCCAUAAAAACGAUCAUACCCUGGAGUUUUCUGCUACCAUCUCUUCAAAUGGAGGGAAGUUUGCGGGGGGCCAAAUGGAAGAGAAAGUGUGAAGCCUCCCCAAAACUCAUGAAUCUUUGGGAGCUUCAGGGAAGGUCAAUGCACUGGGCUAUCAGAAGUAAAAAAGAGCCAAUGCUGGAAGCACCUGAGCUAAAUAAUAGCAACAACAUAACUAAUGACACUUGGGCCCAACAGACUGAAAACAAUAAAGAUGGAUUGUCCGAUAAGAGAAGGGAGCAAGACGAUGCUGAGACUUCUGAUGAGAAGCCACAAUCACCAAAGAGUCCAGACUCUCCAAGAUUAUUAGAUGCAAAUUGCUCGCACUUGCGUUUCCGCUGGUCAGGUGAUGCCCCUUCAGAGCUUCUGAGGAAGUUCAGAAACUAUGAAAUAUAAAGUAUGAACCCAAGAUACGUGAGAGCAUGGAAUCAUCUGCUCAACAGUGCAGUAUUUUUUGUCCAUGGUUAAAACUUGUUUGUAUCUUGUGCCUGUUCAUCAUUAUUUGAAUGUUCAAUUAUGUGGCUUUGUAAUACUGAUCUGUUAUCACACUUUGUAUAAGUAUUUUAGGUGGAAGAAUUUUUGAGAGGGUGAGGCACUAUCUUUAUUCAGUAGUAGCAUAAGUAACAAUUAUAUGCAUAAAGUGGUCCAGUGUUUUAUAUCAGUUUCCUGUGUUCUUCUUUAGUAUACAAUCAGAAGGCUUUUCUGU